AUGCCUCCACCGGCGCCCACGGCGCAGGCUGGGGCUGGGCGAGAUGCGCCUCUCGAAGAGUCCCCGCCGCCAAAUUCAGCCACACUCACAAUCCCUCAUGUGAGCAUUCCAUUGCUCCCCCCCGGUUACCCACUGCCGACCUCUACGGAAGACAUGGAGGCGUCUACAGCUGUGUACUUCCGCGAGGGUCGCAACCCUUACGGAAAGCGACGCCGCUCUACGCUCGUGAAUGAGCCGUCCGCGUCGGCAUUUUCCACCGUGUUGGAAAUCGUGAGUGCCGAGGAGGACGUCCAUGCAGCCGUGGACGGUACCGAUAGAGGUAGCUUCGCCCGCAGCGCCCCACAAUCGCAGUCCACUGCGGCGGGGGACGCUGUCACAGCGCAGUACCUUGCGCAGCUCUUCGACGAACCGGCAAGGUGUGAGCAGGACGUGUACCGCCUCGUCGAUGUGGCGUACUGCCGGCGUCUCCUUGUGCAGGAAGCGGAGGCGUUCAAGAUGGCCGUCUCGUCGCAGCCGCCAACAGGAUCAUCGUUGGAGGGCACCGAAGCCGCCAUAGCAAUGGCGAAGAGAGUUCACGAGUUCAACUCAUGCCUGACAGCCGGCCAGCAUCGGCGCUACCGCGGUUUUGUGCUUGAGUGGCUUCGACACCAGCCCUCCCCGUCCGCUCCGCCGAACUCCGCGGAGGUGUUGAAGGUGGUGCAGCAGGAGCAACGACUGUUUCUCGAAGCGUUGCGGCGAGAGGCGUUGUGCCAGGUGGUGCGACUCUCCUCUGGCCAUCAUACAACAACCUACGCGUGCCUGGACAGAGCGCUGACUAGCUUUGCGCAGUAUCGUCGCCUACACCAGAUGCAGAAGCGACUCAUCUCCUUCCUCGAUGAUGCAAAGGCGAAAGAGAGCAAAGGGCUGCUGCUGUCGGGUAGCGCUCCGGCGGCGAGUUCUUCAGCAGCGUCAGGCGCCGUCGAAGAGGAUGCACGCAGCAGGGACGUCGCUCACAGUCCCGCCGGUGAUCUGCAGCAAAGCGUGUCACACGGGGCGACACCGCUGCAGGUGUUUCAGCGACGUUUUCCGAGUCUACGCGUCCUUCAGUGGCACCUGAUUAAACUGUACAACGCCCAGCAGAAUGGCGUCGCCACCCCUUUCCCGAAUCUGCAGGUUCGCAGCUUCGCAGCGCCCUCAGGUGCUGCCGCUGGCGGUCGCCCGCACAACCGCCACUCGGAGUCAGACGGCACCGUCAAGGCUUAUUCCUCGGCAGCUGCAGCAGGGCACCCGUCUGCGGUUACGCUGGUGCCCGCAUCGGCGUCCCUGUUGCUAACUUCUCUGCCCCAGCACAGACAAGUCGACGGUGAUGAGCCAGACGCAAGGGAUGGCGGUAGAUUGUCCGACGACGGCGACAGCGAGAGGACAACGUCCUCUGCGGUUCCUGCCUUUUCUUCCCACCUGUUUACCGAUGCUGCUGCUGCGAGCCUGACGCCGCUGUCCACGGCAGCACUACGCACGUACGUUGCCCAUCACCUCCUCCCACGCCUUGGCUGGCAAGUGUCGAAGUAUCAAGGUAAGGAUGGAGAAGCAAGUGUUGACGAUGAAGGCAGCACCGCCGUUGUCGCGUCUGUGUCGCUCUCCAUAACCUUUGAGGCGAUGCUCAAGCUGUUCGUUGCGCACGUCGACACCGAGGAGCCCCGCACAUCCUUUCGGAUUCCUAUCUGUGUUCAUGUGAGGCGCAAGGCUGACUCGAGCCACACUGACAACGCCACGUCCGCUCGUGGGGUGUACCACGCGCACGUGGCGGUUGGCUCUGCGGUGCCGAAUGUGACGGAGAGUCGACAAAGCAUUCAGCUGGCCGCCGCGGAGUAUCUGCUCUGCCAAGCCGCUAGCCGCGAAGGGUCAAGGGGCGAAGCGGUCACGCCCAGCGAGGCCCGACAUCUCCCAAGAACCCCCACGGCAGCAGAAACGGCCCCUCCUGCUGCCGCCACAGUUCACCUUUCGCGCAGUACUGCCAUGCCGCGAGACAUCAAAACAAGACAGGCGACUGCGCAGUCGCUGACGUGCGGGACGGGUGGCAAUGCCAUCAACGCGUCUGUAGAAAACUUAUUGGAGCAGCAGGAACCUGCCUCUGACACCGUUCUUCCUCUUGUAUUUCGCGUUGCAGCGCCUGUUACCGCCGCUGUCUCGACGGCACCUGGCAACGAGACUCUUCAAGUAGCCUCACCGAUGGUGAUCAUGGCGAAGAUGGAGCACCUCAAUGUCACUUCCGCGGCUGCGCCCCACGAUCGGUCGCCGUCAUUGGCAGCGUCACCAUCCACCGUUGACUCUGAGUGUGUCGUUUCGUCGCUAACGGAGACGGCGACCCCGUGUCGCUGGCUGCUCGAGAUGCUGUCCCCUCGGGAAAUGCUGCAGCUGGACUUGCUGUUCGCGUGCUUUCCCAGCGCGACGGUGCAUCUGCACCGCGUGCAGUUAUCGCAGAAGAGCGAGGGGGACAAGUCCGUGGAGCAGCGCGGCAAGUGCGAGGAGGAGCGCCUUUCCAUGGAGGUGUUGGCUGUCGAGCAGUUGACACCCCAGACAUGGUGUUUAAGCCGUCGGGAUUUGCAGAAGCGGCCCGCAGAGUCGCUCAUCACGACCCCGUCGCCGGCUGAGGUGCUCGCUACCCACACGUGGGACCUGCUCUACGACACACUCGCCUGGCUGCUCGACACCACAACUCGCCGCGUAGCCUACGCGCUCGAGUCCGAGGAGGGCCGCGGAGAGGCCUCCGACGAGGGCACCACCGACGCUACGGAGGAGCGCUACAUGUACUUGAUCCUGAGCAACCACGCCAACCUGGUAAACACGUCAGCAAGCACCAAGCUGUACACAAAGAAGAGGCCCGAGAACGCACCAGAGCCCGCAGACACCACCGUUAUCACCUCCAGCUACACGGAGAGCCGUUUUGCCGUGCGCUAUAUAGUGCAGGACGCAGCAGAAAUAUACCCCAAUUAUGAGCCCAAGGUUCCCAUCGCCUUUGAGGUCGCGAAUAUGCGUUUUCUCGAGAAAGACGCGCAGACCGGCAGCGACGAGGACGGUGAGGGUGACAUCAAGUCAACGAGAGAGAAGGAUGUGAGCAAGGUGGCGUCCCGGCUUUACCGGGAUCCCCACACGUGGAAUGGAGAGACGAUCCCUUUUACGUUUCCGAGGACGCCGGCACCCGCUCUAGCACCAACGUGA